AUGUUCCAGGCUAUCGUCCAGGCAAGUCCCUUCAACGAGCAGCAGGUUGCUGAUGAUCAGGAUGCUGAUGCAACCAAGAAAAGCACUGACGACAAUGGUGAACUUGCUGAAGGAGAGGCACGUGAAGAAGGGGACGCUAAGGACACUGCUGAUGAUGACGCGCGGUCAACGGAUGCCCCGGCCGAUGACGACGACGACGGUUACCUGAGUGAUGACAGCGACGAUCACCUGGAGCCGGACUGUCUUAACAGCAUUAUUGCUUUAAAGCGAUUCACACUAACCCUGUUGGUGCCGAUUGCCAGGAAAGUGGAGGUUAAGCGCGCGGCUCAAACAGUUGCUGCCAUGCUGGAUGAAUGGAAGGAAUUAUUAACGCCAGACGCGCUGCUGACCACAGCUUACCAGGACCUCGCUCCGAUGUUUCUCUCCGGAGAGCGUUAUGGCCGCCUGCAGGUUACAUUCAAUCAAGUUAAGGACGCCAACUUCGUGUGGAACCAGACUAUUCGUCACGAAUGCGUCAAUGGCGACUUCAUCGACCUCACCUGGCAGCACCCAGAGGACGCUCGUUUCCUGCGUGAGCGCGUUCUGAACCCCACGGCGAAGGAGAUCGUAAUCAAAGGCGUACCUGCGGAAAUGUCGGCAGAACUGAUUCGUCGUUUGCUGGUGGUGUCAAAACUGGUGAAGCGUGGCAGAAGCAUAUUCGCCAGUGGAUUCGGCUUUCAUCGGACAGUUGACCCGGUGUCAGGCUUGGACACGGAUCGCUUUCGUGGGUUGUUCAUCCCCCAUGCUGACGACGAAUACCGCUGGCGCACCUUUGUUGAAGACCCCACCACUGGAAAGAGCUACCUGCUUCACUACCCGCUCCUGGCGGUGGUCGUUCGCUGGGGAGGCCUGGAGUUCCUGUUGAUCGCAGCAUACAUCCCGGCUCAGGCGGUGAAUAGGAGCAGCUUUUACAGAGACAGCCUGGAGCCGUUUCUGCAGUCCUUGCCGAGUUUCCACCAUAUUUUGGUGAUGGGGGACCUCAAUGUGGUCGAGGACCCGGACUUGGACCGCACAUCACACUCCGGCUCCUCGGCAGAGAAUCAAAGGCUUCUGAGCUGCUGGGGGAACACGGAUUUGAGGGAUGCUUUCAGGCACUUACAUCCGGACAAGAGGGAGUACACGUUCUUUGCUAAAGCAACAAGGUCCAGCUCGAGAAUCGACAGGGCGCUGAUAUCUCAGCCGCUGCUGUUGCGAUUGGUGGAAGCGAAGCACGUGGCGAUCACGAAUGGGAUGACGGACCACUGGCGCGGAAUAGGAGUGGUGCUGGAAUCUGCAGACGCGGUCAAGAAAGGGCCGGGCAUUUGGAGGUUGAGGGCGGAGCAAACGAAAAAACAGGGAGUCAGAAAAAUCAUUAAGAAGAUCAUCGAGGAAUCCGCGGGUGAACCUGCUGACCGGCUGCUAGGAAGGUUACCCGCCUGUCUGAGGGCGUACUCACGGGAGGAAAGGAAACGGGAGAAGGCGACCAGAUUGCACCUCACCAAAGAAGUGGAGCGGUUCCGCGUCCGAGUGUCAAGAUACCCACACUGUCAACGUACAGGCCGGAUCUUGCUCAGGAAAGAGGAGUUGCUGGAAGCGUACGAAAAAAGUCACAAGGAGAAACUGCAGACUUGGGCAUGCGUCGAAGCAGAGCUGGAUGGGGAGGUGGCAUCGGGAUUCCUGUCUGCGCAAAUCAAAGCACGCAAGGCAGGGACGGAGAUCCGCGAAGUAUCAAGAAAUGGGAGUGUCUUCUCAGGGGUGAAGGAAGUUCUCUCGGCGGCAACCGAUCACUUCCGAGAAGCCUUCGGAUGUUCGGAUGGAGGCGCUUUACCUGUAACGGUUGACCGUACCAUGCAGCGGCAGCUGGGAGAGAAGAGCAAGGUUUCGCUGGGGGCACCCUGGGCGGAGGAAGAGGUGCGGAAGGCAGUUCGGGAGCUCGCCCCGGGGAAAUCACCUGGAGCAGAUGGCCUGCCCAAGGAGCUCUUCGACCAUAACUGGGAUUUGCUGGGGCCGAUCUUGAUGGACCUGGUGGGGAGGUUUACAAGGGGAGAGGUCCUGCCGCAAAACAUCACCACAGCGGUGACCAUUCUGCUGCACAAAAAGGGUGACAAAGGUGACCUCGGAAACUACCGACCGAUAACGCUUCUAAGCACCGUGUACAAGAUCUUAGCAAAGGUGAUGGCGAGCAGGCUCAAGACUGUUCUGCACGAGGUCAUAUCGGAGGACCAGUACGGCUUCAUACCUGGUCGUCAGUUGGCGGACGCGGUGGCGGUGGUGGCAGACGCCAUAGAUGCGGGGGCAAGCGGGAAGGAGGACUGGUUCUUGCUGAUGGUCGACUUCCAAAAGGCGUUUGACUCAAUCUCGCGUGACUUCCUCUUCAGCACCCUGCGGAAGUUGGGCCUACCGGAGAACUUCGUGUCCUGGACGGAGGGGUUGCACAAAGGAGCAGGUACACGUUUGCACAUUAACGGGUGGACAGGUGAAAAGGUAGCGGUGGAAAAGGGGGUGCGCCAAGGUUGUCCGCUGGCGCCGUACCUGUUCCUCUGCGCGGUGGAGCCGUUAUGCUAA